AUGGGAAAUUCUAUGAACAAGGAUAAAGCGGAGGAGACUGUGGACGGAGGACAAUUAGUACCGCACGGAGUGUACAAAUUACCUCAAGAUUGGGACGUUAAGAGCGUCCGUAAAUUUAUCAUAGAACGCAAAUUGGCACCUUUUUACAAGGGACUGGCAGACUAUGACGAGAGUUGGGACGAAGUCACCUUGACGACCCACAAUCUUCCAAAAAGUGUUGAGGCCAAGAAAAGUUCUGCAUUUAACGGUGAAUGUCACGCGCAAGGGAGUCAAGUAUUGAGACGCUCAGCAACGCUAAACACGCCAAUUUGCACUGAAUGUUUUGUUCAAAUAAAACGUCCCGAGAGUGGUACACUGGGUGCCAACAAUUCCCCUGCUGUAUGCCCCUUCUGUGUUGAAACUAAUUUUGGAGUUUAUUAUAAACCUCCUCCCUUCAGCGCAGGUGUUGGAAGCGAAAAUAUGCCUAAUUCAAUUCAAAAUCUCAGUAAUUCACAACCAUCACAACCAUCAUCUUCUUCAUCACUUAGCGUACCUGAUAAGACCUCCAUUGGUAACACCAACUGGCAAUUCAAGACUGGUGGAUAUUUAGCAGCCAUGAGAAUGGGUACUGAUUUGGAAGAGUUAAUGGUCAUGGAGGCCAUUCGGUUAAGUCUCCUUGAGCAGAAUGAAAGGGAUAGAGGUGAAAGAGAAGAAAGUGAAAGGACGGAGGGAUCACCGGAUGAAAAUUCUAAUAAUGCUCUAUCUUCCGAGGAUUCUGCCUCGGGUACGAUAACAAUUCCGCAUUUAUCUACUAAUGAGGAGGGUGCUGAAGAGGUAGCGCUUUAUGAAAAUCAGCCAGGGAAUGAAGGUGAUAAUUUGAUUGUCGAGAGCGUGCAGUCAGACAUUGAGUCACAUUUUUCUGGACAAGUGCCAAUAUAUCAUAGUGAUAAUGAGGAGGAAGAUGAAAUUUCAUCGGCCUCUCACUCCCAUGAUUACACACCAACAAAUGUUUCAACACCAAUAACAACUAGUACAGAAGGUGGAACAAUAACAAGUACGUCAGUCCCAUCAUCGUCAACAGGAUCAGGACUAUCUUCACCGUCUACAACGAAUUCAACAAAUGAUGUACUUUCACCAUCGUCUUUUCCACUAAACGAUGGUAAUACAUCGGAAAUAACAGAAAUAGUUGAAGGCUCCGGUGAACGAGACCGAGUGCCAUUUGAUAAUGAUGCUCAGGAUGUGCCACCAACUUUCGAACUUGAACAAGGCCAAACACCGGAGCAUGCAGGUGAUAUUAAAAAAUCCCCGGAAAUUAUUUUAUCCAGUGCGUCACUAGUCGAAGAGGAAAUCGUACGUAACGAAGGAGGCGAUGAGACCAAUCAAGCGAUUGGUGGUUCUUAG